CCCCAGUAAAAAGAAGAAGAAGGGCGGAACGCAACGCUCGAAUGAUCCCCAAUGGUAGUUGGUGGUAGGUCGACCACCGUGGAUUCACCAUGAGCAGAAAGAAGCUUUGAACUACAAGCUAUGUCUGCCACUCAUCUUCGCUGGGCUUUGAGCCUUGCAGCAAGGCGAGCGGGCCCCAGCUGGACCGCCUCACCCAGGGCUCUUCCAACGUGCGGGGAGGAGAAGGGCUUCCUGCGUGGCCCCCCCACCGCCCCUCCGGGCCCCGGGGGCCACUUCUCGACGGAGGCCGGAGAGACCCCCCCGGCCGCCGUCGUGCCCCCUCCCAAGAAGAAGAAGCAAGACCCCAAUGCGCGGACCACUAUCAACAGCGUUGGCCGCAAGAUCCACCUGCGGCUCCUGCAGGUGAUGGGCGUGGGGGGGGAGAGCCUGGGCAACAUGCACCGCAGCGACGCCAUCCGCCUCAUGGACGAGCAGGGCCUCAAGCUGGUGCUGGUGGACGACUCCGCCGACCCGCCCCUCUACCAACUGAUGAGCGGGAAGCAGAUCCACGAGGAGCAGCUGAAGCUGCGCGAGAAGCAGAAAGCCAAGCCCGCCGCUGUUCAGGUGAAGGAGCUCACCUUUUCCUCGGAUAUCGCCUCGCAUGACCUUUCGACGAAGCUGAAACAAGUCCAGAGCUGGCUAGAAAAGAAGAACCACGUGCGAAUCACACUGCGGGCCAAACGCACAGCAUCCAAAGUCGCCCUGGACCAGACCCUGGACGACAUGGUGCAGCAGAUGCCGAUGACGGUGGGCUUCGUUGCCAAGCCCAAAGUCAUCAGAGACGGCAGGGCCAUGUGCAUUCUCCGCCCGCCCUCCGCCAAGGAACUGGCGCCUCAGAAGGAGAAAAGCAAACCGCAACCACCGCCGCCAACAGACGCUACACCACAGUGCAGCGAGCCCGGAACGCCUCCCGAUAGCCCUGCUGGCCCUGCUGAUGCAUCAAAGUACCAGGCAUAACAGUAGCCCGAGAGAAGGUCUAUGAACGUUUCGGUCAUUUUGAGAGCACUCUACUAUAACGCUACUUUGUGAAUUAUUGUACGAGGGUCAUGUACAUUGAGGUACACGUUUGGUUUUAUCACCAUGCUGUGUGGAGGAAGAAAGGUUGGCGAUAAAAGUUGUAUGGGAUCAUUCAUUGCACUUAAAUAGUUCCAAAGUCUGAUAAAGGAACUAUCUGGAAAGACGACGGGCGAAAUGACGCCCUUCGAGUAUUUUUGUGUGUAAAUGUAAAUGUCCAGUUCCUUGUGUGGAAUCCUGCCUAAAUAGAAAGUCUGGCUAAGCAGUGGUACUUGGUUCAGGUUUCUUUUGUGUAUAUUUUCUGAUUGAGGUCUGACGGAGCUCUGCAGAAGAAGGAAAAUCAAAUUGCAAAGAUGAAAUUAAUAAUAAAUUAUGAAUAAAUAAAUAAAUAAUUGGGUUAGAAUGGACAGUUUCUACCAAGAGGUUUGUUAAUUAAUGAGACUGAGUUGCAAAGGUUAAUUAACGCAUUUCAAGGUAAAGUCGCCAAUGCAAUAAAUAAGGCCUACAUUUUACAUCUUUAUUCCAGAUUUAUUUUUUCAUGUUUUGUAAAAAAAGAAAAGGGAAACAAUUUUGGCAUUCAGAUACAUUCAACUGUCACAUUUAAAUGUGUUUGACUGAAAUACUAGUUUCACAACCCUUCGAGUGUAGCAGUACUUUUCCCUCGGAAGCGUGAAGACUCUGUCUUAACGCAUUCAACUUAAGCCGUACUAUCUAUUUCUACGUAAAAAAAGUGGAGAAAUAUAAAGGAAACAUAGGCACUGCAAGGUCCGUUAAGACCUUUUCCAAGGAACGAUAUUUCUGUUUUCAACGAUUGCUAAUGAAAAAGCGACUUCACUAGCAUGCAUGUGCAAUAUUUGUCAAUAGGCCUCGAGUACUUUGAACGAGGAGAAGGGUUUGACAAAGUGGUAGUCCAGGUUUCCGCAGUGGGGGCACUGUUGCACAUUGCUGUAUUCUGAGAAGUACUGCAUUCCCACCCGCACGUCCACCACUGGCUUGCCACAGUGCUUGCAGUU